UUUUAACUCGGCAGGCAAGUGGUUAUAAAUUCGAGCGAUCAUGACCGCUCAAAAAUUAAUUAUCAUUAGCAAAACCGACAAAACUUCCAUUUACAGCCACCGUUUUAUUAUUUACCUCAGGGAAAUAUCAGCGCAUAAUUAAUAGUUUGGGGGGUGAUAUUGAUUUUUCCACAUUCCUUGAUUGUGAGUUUUAAUCCACGAAGACCUUUCAACAUUGCAAAAUCGCGCGAUAUGCGAAACAAGUUUCGUCACCGCCCACCAGCAUUUUCACUCUUCUAUUUACACGCCCCCCGAUGCUCAUUUGUUUGAAUCUUGCCGAGCUCCGGGCUGGGCAAGAUUUUGCCGGAAGUGGACAAGAAAACAUGGCGUCCAUGACGUCAUUGUUGGUUAGCCAAUCGUGGAAAGACAUAGUUAGUUUAAGAACGGCUAACUUCUUGUCCGGACAAGAAAGAGAACGUUUCCAAACGCACCCCACGAAGUGUACUGUACUGUACGCCUUGUUAAUGUUGGUCAUUGCCGUCAUUGGUCACAGUUGCAUGCUCUUGCAAGAUUUUUAAAUACACCCAGGUGACUCAAGGGAGAACGCACUAUUUUCAGUUUCAGCAAGUUUGGGAAGCUCAAGUUCUUUUUAAUGAAAAAGCAGUAUAAUUUUCUUUUGAAUAAUAUAAGACAAGUAGGAGAUGUUGAGCUUUUCGCUUGAAAAGAGGUCCUUAAAGAGACCUAGACUUGGUCCACCUGACGUCUAUCCGCAGGACCCAAAGCAAAAAGAGGAUGAGUUGACGGCUGUUAAUGUUAAACACGGGUUUAGCAUAACGCUGCAGCUCAGUGAUGAGUUUGGAACCGCCCGAAACUGCGCAUUUAACACUUCUAAGAUCACGAGUUAUUUUAACACUGUACAAGCAAAAAAAGAAGAGCUCAACACCUUGCCAGACACGGCAAAAAGACGGCCCCAAGUAAACACUAAAGACUCGUUCUGGCCAGCGACUCCUCGAGUGAAACAGCAGAUUGAAGCAUGGUUUAAAGACCUUGCAGGCAGUAAACCUCUUUCAAAUUUGUCGAAAAAGGCGCCAAAUUUCAACAAGCGCGAGGAAAUUUUCAUGCUUUUGUGUGAAUAUCAAGUUCCAAUGGUGAGAGCAACAUGGUUUAUCAAGCUCAGUUCUGCUUACGCUGUGGCAGUGACAGAAGCAAAAAUGAAAAAAAGACAAGUGCCUGAUCCUGCACAAGAAUGGACUCAAAUUUUGACCAAGUUUAUGCGUGACCAGCAAGCCAAAUUGGUGGAACACUUCAAUCCACAGCCAACACUUGGAACCACAGCUCCAUCUAACUCGCCAGUCUUGAUGGACGAGCAAAAGCUUGCACACAGACAAUGGACGUACUGCAUCAAUUUGUCCAGGCACAUGUAUGAAGAAGGUUUGUUAGAGCAGCAGGAAUUCCUUAAUUGGGUCUUGGAAACCAUGGAAAAGGCUGGUCCUCCGGACGGCGGCAUGCUGCGGUUUGUUUUGCCUUUAGCAUUGCAGUAUCUCAAUGAGUUUACACAAUCAGAACUGCUGGCAAGAAAAUUAAACUACCUGAGUUGUCGUCGGUUGAGCCAAUUGCUGGCGGAGGCUGCAGGGCCUGCAAGUCCACAGACUUCUUUAAUGCAACCUACAGCAAGUCAAAUGAACGCUGCCUUCAAAGAAUAUCUCAACUGCAAGCACCACCGCAAUGUUGUCCUUGGCCUAGCAACCAUCGUGCAGGCGGCAACACUUGAGUGCCCUACGUCUCUUGUAUGGAACAACUUGGGAGAACACAAGUGCCCUCCAGCGUUAAAUGGUUCACCGCUAGAUUUAUUGCUGUGCCCUCCAUCUGCUCUCCCAAUGCCCUCUAGACCAGAUAACCGGUUAAUAAGAAAUCAACUAAAAGUUGCUGAGAACUUUAUUCGAAACCGCAGUCAAGCUGCUGAAGGACGUUGGUCAUGCGAUAAGUGGCAGCUAAGCAAAGCUGGAACCACCAUGAGCAAAGUUUUAUCAGCUCUUGAUGCUCUUGAUCGUCACAGUUUUGACCGAAUGGAGGCAAAUAAUUUAGACGGCCUGUAUGUGAAAGUUUUUCCGAACGCACAACCUCAGACUAGCACUGAACAAAAGGAAAGACUAGAAAACCCCGUAAGUCAUGAUGCUUCAAUAGUACAAUUACUCUGCGAGUGGGCGGUGUCCACUUGCCGAUGGGGUGAGCAUCGAGCCAUGGCCGUUGCCAAGCUUUUGGAGAGGCGGCAGUCAGACUUGGCGCAGGCCUCUGAACCUGCUGACAUACCUGACGAAAAGGACUCUGCUGCAUCAAGCAAUGGCCCUGCGCCUGGUCUGCCUGUUUUCCAAGGCUUGCUGAUGCACUUCUUGGAUACGGAAGCCCCUGUGUUAGAUAAUUCAAGUGCCACCAAUAAAACAAUGUUUGGAAACCUGGUGCACCUUUUCUAUGAGUUGAUUCGCAAUGACGUCUUCUCUCACGACGCCUACAUGUGCACCCUCAUAUCAAGAGGUGACCUGUUAACAGGGCCACCUGCAGCCCAGUCGGGUCAACAACAACAGCAGAACAAAAGCCAGGGAAUUGGGGAGGAUGAGGACUCAACUCUUUUUGCAGGCAUUGACAUAAAGCCUGCUCAGGUGCGUGGCCCCAUCGGUGACUACGAUGACUCCAAGAUUGAUGACGAUCUAGACAAGUUGCUCCAGCACAUCAAGGAGGAGCAACAGAAUAGUCUGGACGCACCAGACUCGCCAAAAGAUGAUGCACCUACUCCAUCUUUAUCAACAGUUGGUGGAAUUGGUGGCUUGGACGACACUGUUGAGGGUAGGGAAGGGCGCCGACAGUCCCGACACUUGAUUUAUACUACACAUUUUCCGUUACCUCCGGAUGACACGAGUAGUCAUGACUCUAACCAACGGCAUGUUUUACUAUACGGUGUUGGGAAAAUGAGAGAUGACGCUAGGCAUGUGGUCAAAAAGACGUCUAAGGAGAUUUCCAGACUUUUUAGCAAAAAGUUUAGUAUUGAUGUUGCCGAAGGUGGCAGGAUCAAGAAACAUUCCAGGGGAGAAUUUAAUUUUGAGGCUGUGACACAAAAAAUGCAAGGACUGUCUUACUUUGACCAGCAUGUUAUCAGUAUGCAAUGUGCUACCACUGUGCUGGAAAUGCUCAGCUCUUUUGCUUCUGGAUCAUGUAACUAUCUUCCCGUUCAGGAACAUGUUGCUUUCCUGUUUGAUCUGAUGGAGUUGUCCCUUAACAUUUACGGCCUUAUUGAUAUCUGUAUUCAGAUAAUUAAGGAGCUGCCAGAUGUUGAGGCCCAACUGCAAGUGAAAGGUCCGACCUUAGUCCGUAGCUACACAACCUCAUUAAGCUUGUACGUUGUCGGAGUGUUGAGACGUUACCACUGCUGUCUGCUAUUAAGCCCAGAGCAAGUUUCCUCGGUUUUUGAAGGACUUUGCAAAGUCGUAAAACAUGUGUCAAACCCUGGAGACUGUAGUUCAGCAGAGAGGUGCAUUCUAGCACACCUAUUUGACCUCUACUCUAGCUGCACUCCACUGAAGAACAAACACUGCGAGCCGUUCAGCAAUGCGUACCCUAAAAUAAGACAGGCAAUGUAUGUGAGACUCACACCAACUCCAUCAAGCUAUCCCCUGAACAGCCAGUUUAUGUGUGACGUCAUUGCCAACCCUCGCAGAGCCAGUCAGAAUGGAGCCACUAAUUCGGUCGCUGCUUCACCAGCAGUGCGUCUUGAGGCUCAUUGGCCACGGCAGCUUGCCGAGAGCACUGCAAAUAGAUACAGCUUUGUUUGCAAUGCUGUUGUUGCUGCUUGCAGAGAAAAAGACAACGAAAGACUUAACGAUCUAGCCGUUCUCUGUGCAGAACUGACAGCUUGCUGUAAUGCACUUGGACCCGAAUGGCUAGGUGUUUUCAAAGCGUUGUGCCCACAUGACACAAGCAAUGCUGCCUUUUAUCCAGACGUUCAGAGAAUAAUUGAUGUUACUGACCUCUCUAUUCACACUUCAUUGGCAGUGUUCACAUCAAUUUUAAUUGCUCGACAUUGCUUUUCGCUUGAAGACUUUGUCGUAAAUGUUGCAUUGCCCUCUCUACUGACAGCAAGCCAAAGUAAAGAAAAGGUUGACUCAAAAGUGGAAGCUGGGGCUAGACUUACUUGUCAUCUCCUGUUAAGAUUAUUCAAAACAAAUGAGACUCCUCAACCUGCUUUGUACUCGGUUGGAACUUCACCUCAUCCCAUGGCAGCAACUCUUCAGCACUUCAACAUUCGACUGAGCUGUGAUCGACACUUGCUUGCAGCUGCUCACAAUAAUAUAAACAUAGGCGCUUUGUUAGCUGUAUUGAAAGGCAUUUUGGUAAUGGGUGAUGCAACUGCUCGCGAUUGCAAGGGGAAAAAGGAUUCUGUGGGCCCUGUCAGCAAAUCUAUAUCUGUUUGCGGGUCUGGAGAACUGAGUAUAAGCCACAUUUUGGGUACCAGUGAUCUCCUUAGUGCAAAUGACGACCCACUUCUUGAUGUUGGAGCUCAGAGGCUAGAAAAAGCCGGACUCUCUGAGUACGCACAGCACGUCCUUCAGCAGAUAUGCAGCCAAGAGUGGGUUCUUGUGCGCUGCCUGCAAAACCCAGAAGACCUUUGCCAUGCAGAAAUGCUGUUGGACAAUAUGCUAACUCCGAAACAAGCUCAAAGGCUUUUGAGGAUGAUCUGCUAUCCUGAAAAUCCAGCUGCUGCUUCUGAUAACCAGGAGCAACCUGAAGUCAUAACAAAGAUAUUGGAGAAUCUUGAUCAGUGGCGUCUACGUAUGUCUUGGCUGGACCUACAGCUUAUGUUCAAACAGCUGCCUAAUAACACAUCUGAUUUAUCUGCCUGGCUUGACACAGUUGCAAAAGCAGCCAUAGACGUCUUCCACUUAUGUGGCGGACCUGAGGCAACAGACCACCCUUCCUCAUGCUCUUCCAGUUCCUCGUCUUCGUCAAGUAACUCCUCUCAUCGAGCCAAACCUUCCAAACAGCGACAUGACAAGCCAACAAAUAACAUCUGGCUUGUAGCACCACUUGUUUCAAAGCUACCCAGUGCUGUGCAAGGCCAAGUCUUGAAAGCAGCUGGCGCCGUUCUUGAGGAAAUCAACUGGAGUGCCGUGGCUCGAAGCCGAGGCCGACCGUCUGGCACCAAUCACCUACUCAGUCAUCAGCCUUUUCUCUCGCUCGUCCUCACCUGUUUGCGUGGGCAAGACGAGCAAAGGGAGGGUUUGCUUGCUUCCUUGCACUCCCAACUGACCAUGUUUCUCAUGGCAGCCAAGGACGAGCAAGCCGCUUCAAGAGAUGGCCAGGCAGGAGGCAGCACUGGUGGAAAUGAAUCUGAGCCAGGACGUGGUAUGGGGCAGGGCGGAGCCAAUGCUGAUGCUGCCCUGAUGCAGGAUGCAUUGCAGCUUAGAUUUAGUCUUGUUGGAGGAAUGUUUGAUACCAUUCAGCGCAGUACAAGUUCAACUACCGACUGGGCUCUUCUGCUUCUGCAACUGAUUGCCCAUGGAGUCAUAGAUUUACACAACAACAGUGAAUUAUUUACCACUGUUUUGGACAUGCUAGCCACCCUUAUUCAUUCAACCCUUUUCACUGAUGCGCAAUCCGAAAAAGGGGAGGAAAACAGGAAGCACUAUCAAAAUCUAAUGAAAAAACUCAAAAAGGAGCUUGGAGACCGACAUUCACAAUCGAUUUCUCAGGCUAGGCAGCUGCUGCCACUGGGCAAACCGAUGUGUGACAUGAUCAGCUGCGAACCUGUAGGAUGCUUCACAGAUACUAAGGGCAAUAAAAUACAGGGAUUUGAUUCAUUGGAAAAAAAGCAGGGUAUGCGGGUGCAUGAAAAGCAGCGUAUCAGCCCAUGGGACUUGCUGGAAGGACAGAAAAACCCUGCCCCUCUUUCCUGGGCAUGGUAUUUGGGCGUGCGGGUGGAGAGGAAGCCUCUUUGGUAUGAGGACACCCAUCGACUUCUUCGCUUCCACACCCACUCUUUGCAAAAACCAGCCUCCUAUUUCCUAGACCCUCCUGUGCUUCCACCCGAAGAUCUAAUUGAUGAUCCUCCUGCUGAAAAGAAGAUUUGUCCAUGUGUAUUGUGCAACAAAGACAGCAAAGCAGACACUCCUAACUCAACAGACCAGUCGCCAAGAGGCCGGCGCAUGAGCAAAGCGACCAGACCCCGAAGGAAUAAGAAACCUCAACCUGGCCACCCUGCAAUGGCUGCACAGGCCGCUGCUGCACAAGCAGCCGCUCAAGCUGCCCAACAAGUUGGGGCCCCUCAACAGCAGCAGCCAGGAAUGAUGGGAAUUCCAUCAUUGCAGCAGAUGGGCUACCAGGGCGGAAUGUACCCGCCUCAGCAGCAGGCUCAACAGCAACAGUGGUACAACCAGCAGCAGUCCCAGCAGUAUUUCAACCAGCCACAGCAGCAGCAGCAGCAGCAGCAAAUGCCGAGACCACCCUUUGAGCGGGCCAUCUUGAAUCCCUCGAAACAGGCAUUGUCCAACAUGCUUAGAAUGCGUAAUCCACAGGCGCAGUUUAUGGCUCAGCAGAAUCCAAACUUCCAGGCAAUACAGCGGCAGCAGCUUGUUAGGCAGCAAAUGCGGCCCCAGGGGCCAGGCAUGGCCCAAGGCCCCCUGCAGCAGGGCCAACAGCCAGGCAUGUUCCCCAACCAGCAACAACAGCCCCAGAACAUGAAUCAGGGAUACCCUCCUAACAUGGCGCCACAAGGUAUGGCCCAGGGAGCCUAUUAUGGUCAGCAGCAGGCGAUGGGGCAGGGCCAGGUGAUGGGCGGUGGGGGCUUCGGUCCACAGACAGCCCAGCAGCCUCAGAGUUACCAGCAACCGCAGAUGACCAGACAGCAGCAAGAGCAACUGUACAUGCAACAGCAACAACGUCCCAUGACCGGCGUUAGACCUCAGCAGCCCUAUAUGCAGCAACAAGCCCCAAAUGUAACCAUGAACCAGAUGGGUCCCAUGGGCCAGGGGCAGCAGCAAAUGCAACCCCAAGUGCAGGCGCAAGCUGGUCAACAGGCUUACAGUCGAGGAAUGCAGAUGCCAAGUCAGUUCCAACAGCAGCAGCAACAACAACAAAGAAUGCGCCAGCAAAUGAUGAGCAUGGGUCCAGGUCAACAGCAGCAAACCCAGAACCCUACACUGAUGGCACAACUGCAGCGGCAGAUGCCGCAAGGCCAAAUGGGACAACAGCAGCAGCACAACCCAUACCAUCAGCCACCACCGUACUAAAUCUGAGAACUCGCAUUAAUUUUUUGUAAACAGGCAUGCAAUUUUGGGAAUCAUCAUUAAAACAGAAUUUUUAAA